AUGAUUCGACCAACCCUUCUCUCCACCUUCCGCCUCAAUGCCCUCCCCACAACCAAUAAACGUGUCUUUUCUCUCCUAAACCCCAAAUCCCGCUCACACACAAACCGCGUCUUCGACCCGAUCCGCCAACCCAAUGACCUGCACACCCUCACCCUCCUCAACGCCGCCGACAACCGUUCCUUGAUAACCUUCUGGACUGCGUCCUGGUGUCAAACCUGUCAAGCCAUCAAACCCUUGAUCAAACAACUCAUCGAAGAAGAGAAGAUUGGAGAGCGGGAAGGCGGACUGGGUUUCGUGGAAGUACUGAUGGAUAGCACAUUGAUUGAGGAUUUGCCAAUCAAGUAUCGCAUCAGUAGUAUGCCGACGCUGUUGGCGUUCUCGAGACAAGAGGCGCAGUUUGAUACUAGGUUGACGCGGCCGGAGGAGAUGCGGAAUAAGGAUUUUCUGAGGGAGUGGUUGUCAUACGUGUUCUGUAAGAAGAUUCGAUCCAAUGCUGGACCUGACGGUCUUCAGGUACAAAGGGAGAUGGGAAUGAGGGUAAGGGGGGUGAAGAUAAAUGAGACGAAAGCUUGGAACAUGGGAGGAUGGAAUGUACAGUAUAUUCGAUACCCCAAGGUAAACUACCGGAUCAUGACAUCUACUAUGAAUUCAGUCUGA